AUGAAGAUUUUCAUUUUUCUUGCUGGAGCGAUUUCCGCUUUUUCUAUCAGCGAACAGCAGGCAAAUGAAUUUUUAAGUCGGGACAAAAGAAGCCCCCUGGGUUCACCCUGCCGCACUGACUGCGUAGACGAGUGUCUUCAAGAAUGCACGGAAAAUCGUCUCGAGGAUCUCUACAAAUACAACCAAUACAGAGCGGUCCAAGUUCGCGAAUACUGGUUCAAUAAAGGACACAAUCAGUAA